CGUAAGUCCGUGCACCCAGUGUGGUCGGAUGUUGUCGGGAAGGCUAUUGCAGUUUUCACCUGUCUGUCUCCACAUCUAGAACUUUCCCCCCCUGACUUCACAAUAAGGCUUACACCCAUAGUUAAACACAUGGCAUCGAAACGCAGUUUCCCGGACAGCUUCAUUGACGAGGAUCCACAGAAAGCUCUAGAGGCGCUAAAUGAAGCUUUGCAAGAAGAUGCCGACAAUGCUGCGUGGCUGUGCCAGCGAGCUUUUGCCCACAUACUCCUUAAAAACUACAGCAGCGCAGUUGAAGAUGCCAAAAAAGCUCACCAACUAAACACAAGCCUUCCCCUUGCUUUUAUGAGAACAGGAAUAGCGGAAUAUUACUUAAACCACUUUGAGUCAGCACACGCGGCCUUCACUCAGGGCCAACAACUUGACGAUUCAGACAAAUCCUAUGAGAUUUGGAUCAAGCGAUGUGAAGAGAUGAUGGGAGAUCAGACACAAAACUGCGUCGACAAGCAAACGCCAGCAGCUCCACUUGUAAAACAUGAUUGGUACCAAACAGAAUCUCAAGUUAUCGUCACGCUCAUGGCAAAAAAUGUACCCAAGGAUGGCGUAUCUGUCAAAUUCACAGAAAGAGAGCUCAACGCUAUCAUUCAGUUAGCGUCAGGGGAGGACUUCAUCUUUCACCUCGACCUACUGCAUCCCAUCAACCCUGAACAAAGCAACUUCAAGAUCCUCUCCUCCAAGGUGGAGAUCAAAAUGAAGAAGACAGAUGUCAUCAGAUGGGAGAAGCUGGAGGGGGAAGGACAGGAGUCUCACAUCAAACACUUCAAUCCCGGUCAGUCCAAAAGCCUCUGCUUCCCUCGCUCUUGUUUUUCUUUAACUCUCCUUUUUUUUUUUUUUUGCUUCACGUACUUAAGCUGAAAUACCUCUAACUGA